UGACAGUGUGACCCCAAGACUCCCACCCAAGACCAAGACCAAGGCGGACAGGCAGAAGCGGCGCACGUUAGCCCUUGUGUCUCCUUCCUUUAUCUCGCCUGCCAGGACAACACAGCCAUGGCAGCCCUGCAGACCCUGAUGGAGAUGGGCUUCUCGGAAAACGCCGUAAAGAAGGCUUUGAGUGUGACUGGAGGAGGGGUGGAGCAGGCCAUGGAAUGGCUGCUGGCUCAUGCUGAUGACCCAGGCAUUAAUGACCCCCCUGCAGAGAAGAAACUUGAAGGAGCUGUUGGCACAGCAUCAGGUGGAGAGGCAAGUGGGACUGGCGAUGCUGCACCUGCUGAAGAAUCAUGUGAAGAGAAGUCUCAGGAGGAGGCAAAGUCUAUUAAAUGUGAUGAUUGUGGUAAACUCUUCAAAUCAUCAGAAGAGGUAGAGUUUCAUGCAGUAAAAUCAGGUCAUACCAGCUUCUCUGAAUCAACUGAAGAAAAGAAACCUUUGACAGAAGAAGAAAAACUCCAAAAGAAAAAGAAUUUGGAGGAGAAGAUCAAGCAAAGGAGACUAGAAAGAGAGGAAAAAGAAGCAAAAGAAGCACUGGAACGAGAGAAGAAGCGUAUUCAGAUGGGUCAGGAGAUAGCUGAGAGGAAACGAGUAAUGCAAGAACAGGAAAUGAAACGUUUGGCGGAGGAGCGCAAGCGGGAGAAGCUUGAAGACAAAAUGGCUCGGCAGAGAGUUAAGGAACAGAUUGAAAGGGACAGGCAAGCAAGGAAGGAAAAGGAGGGAGGGAGUCAGGCAGCAGCAGCUUCAGAACCCAAGCCUCAGCCAGCAGCCGCUGCUCAGCCUGCACCCAAGAAGGAUUACUCUCAAACUAGACUUCAGAUACGCUUCCCAAGUGGAACACCUUUAGUCCAAGAGUUCAAGGCAAAGGAGCCGCUCUCUGCUGUGCGUCUUUGGGUCAGUCUCAAUCGGCCAGAUGGUGCACCGCCCGAUACCCCAUUUAAUCUCUCCACAACCUUUCCUCGCAAGAUAUUCAGUGAUGAAGAUAUGGACAAGCCAUUGGAAGUCUUAGGUCUUGUACCAUCUGCUGUGUUGAUAGUAGCAAAAUAGGGAAAGCAUUACUGCAGUGUGGGCGUGCCCUCGCGGUCUGUCAGUUGUCUGGUGCCGCCAAGGUUCACUGGAUACAUCGAGACCUUGCGCGAUAUUCUCAGCUGGGUGUCUUCAUCAUGCAGGCUCAACAUUCUCUACUCUGAUCGUCUAUUUGUCUUCUUCAGGGAUUAAAGUCUCAAAUUCAGUCACCUCUGCGUCAAAAGCGCUGCCUUGGAUCACGCCAGCUUGGACCACUCGUAUGACAGGUGGAUGUCGCCACUUGUUCUAUAAAUAAAAAAUAAAAAUACAAACGAAA